CCACAAUUCACCAAACCUACCAGUUUAGUUUUUGCAAAACUUCUCUUCAGUCUUGAGCAAAAUGGCCACAGCAACAAAGCUACUGCUAACAGACCUCAUGUCCGGUGUGAACCAUGUCCCCUCAAACUACGUUAGGCCCAUCUCUGACCGUCCAAAUCUCCGUGAUGUUCAGAUAUCAGAUGCCUCCUCCAUUCCUCUCAUUGAUCUCAAGGACCUCCAUGGCCACAACCACUCUAAUAUUAUCAAACAGAUUGGCCUAGCUUGCCAAACUGAUGGUUUCUUUCAGGUGAAAAAUCAUGGGGUGCCAGAGGAAAUGAUCAAAGACAUGUCAAGUAUAGCAAGAAAGUUUUUCAAGUUGCCAGAGAGUGAAAGGUUGAAGAUGUACUCAGAUGACCCUUCAAAGACCACAAGGCUUUCCACUAGUUUCAAUGUCAGGACUGAAAAACUUUCCAACUGGAGGGACUUUCUGAGACUCCAUUGCUACCCUCUUGAAGAUUAUGUCCAAGAAUGGCCUAACAAUCCCCCAUCAUUCAG